CAACUUUUCCAAAAAAAUCAACCCUUUGUCAAAAUUAUGAUACGUUAUUUUUUCGACAAAUUUGGAGAUUUUGUCUGAAACGUAAAUGGCGAAAAUAGAUAGGAAGUAGACCGUUCCUAUAUUUUAGUAGUGCAUACUGUACAAUAUCUGCCUACAUAUAAGAGCAAAUCAUUGAAUAUUUAACCUUGUUGAACUUUAAUCGCUUUCAUAUUGUGGUAUGAUUGUUACCGACCACCAAACAGUGAAAAUUGAGUUAACCGCUGAUGGAAUAAAUCUGGACCUACAAUUGGAGUGAAGUUUAUAAUUACUGAAAAAACGCAACGUUCACUGUUGAACUGAGUUAGAAGCUAAAUCAAUUACACACUAUCGCACACACGCCAAUGGGAAAUAAGUGCAGUAGUGGCUGUAGCCGCUGUUCCAGUGAAGAACACAAGGACAGUGAUCGUUGUUGCAGUUGUUGCGCGAUGAAAUGGAGAAGAAUGUGGAAACCUGCCCGUGCGGAUGUGGACGAGCGAGGGCGGCUCAUGGGGGGACGAAACCCGCUGGCUAAACCGAUGCUGGAGAUGCGAAACAUGGACGUUGUUGACGCUCCCACAGCCAACGUGUUGACGAUUAAAAAGGUAGAUUUAUGCAUCGAGGAAAAUGGGAAGUUGCAUCACACGAAACGGUACGAGCUGAUGAGUCGGGACGGAGAAAACGGUCCACUUCCGCAAUUGGUGGUCCGGAGAGGGCAAGCUUUUCGUCUGCGGUUGUACUGCGAUCGACCGUUCGAUCGCAGCCGCGAUGCGAUGAGUUUAAUAUUGACGGUUGACGGUGAACAACGGCCGACUCACGGUCAUGGAUCGCUGGUGGGAAUUGCUCUUCAGCAGUAUCGCCACAUGAUCGAGGAUCCUUUGGAAUGGGGAGCAGCUAUCGACUUCAUCAGUGGAGAUUUACUGGAGAUUCUGGUGAAACCAGCUGCCACGGCUGCCGUUACCAAGUGGAAGCUGGAUUUUGACACGAAACUGUUGAGUGAAGGAUUUGGAAAAAGCUACUCACUGCCACAGCCGUUCUACUUGCUUUUUAAUCCGUGGUGCAAGGAUGAUCAAGUUUAUUUGGACGAGAAACCUCUACGUGAUGAAUGUGUGAUGAAUGAUACGACCCUGAUCUGGAGAGGAUCAUACAACCGGCUACGACCUUCCGUGUGGAAGUUCGGUCAAUUUGAGAAGCACAUCCUCGACUGUUCACUGCUGUUGAUUGAAAAGGUUGGAAAAGUGACUGCUUCGCAUCGAGGUGACCCGAUACGAGUUUGUCGUGCCAUCUCAGCAGCAGUAAACUCACCGGACGACGAUGGAGCCUUGCUCGGCAAUUGGGGUAACGAUUUUUCGGGGGGAACUGCCCCAACCAAGUGGGUUGGAUCAGUGGAAAUUAUGCAACAGUUCUACAAAAAGCAGAAACCUGUCAAGUAUGGUCAGUGUUGGGUGUUUUCUGGAGUCGUUUCUACUAUUGCCAGAGCAAUUGGGAUCCCAUCUCGCGUUAUAACUAACUACGCAUCUGCGCACGACACGCAGGCCUCGCUAACGGUGGAUUAUUUCGUCGACAAGAAUGGAAAGAUCAUGGAGGAGCUCAAUUCCGAUUCCAUAUGGAACUUUCACGUGUGGAAUGAAGUUUGGAUGCAGCGUCCCGAUUUGGGCAUCAGCUCGGAGGGAGAUUAUGGCGGUUGGCAGGCAAUUGAUGCAACACCUCAAGAAAUGUCUGAUGGAAUGUUCCGUUGUGGUCCUGCUUCGGUGUUGGCAGUAAAGUUGGGUGAGAUUGUGAAGCCGUAUGACAAUAACUUUUUGUUUGCUGAAGUUAAUGCGGAUAAAGUGUUCUGGAGAUAUACGGGACCAGCUCACCCGCUGAAACUGAUUCGGAAGGAUGUUCUUGGUAUUGGACAUUUUAUUAGCACAAAAGCCGUAGGAAAAUGGGAACGUGAUGAUAUUACUAGCUCUUAUAAGUUUGCUGAGAAGUCACCAGAAGAACGUGAUACAAUGAUGAAAGCUUUGAAGCAAGCGAAUAGUGCAUUCAGUCGAUACUAUCUCAACGAGGACUUCAAUGAAGUUUACUUCAAUUUCGAAUUAAGAGAUGAUAUUAAAAUAGGGGAGGAUUUCUCAGUGAUCCUUCAAAUUAAAAAUCGUUCGUCAGAAAUGGUUCAUGUUGUCAAUGGUUCUCUCAAUGUAGAAACCGUACUAUAUACGGGAAAAGAUCGAGAAUCGGUGAAAUCCGACAACUUCACAAUAAGCCUUCAGCCGAACACUGAAGAAUUCAUCAGAUUGGUGGUCACAUUCGAUGAAUACUUUAAGAAGUUGCGUGAUCAGGCAGCGUUUAACAUAUCAUGCUUUGCAACUGUCGAGGAGACUGAAUAUGAAUUUUUCGCUCAGGACGACUUCCGUGUUCGUAAGCCAGACAUCAAGAUUCGCCUAUCUGAUACUCCGGUGUCGCAGAGCCCGGUUGACGUUACCAUCUCUCUACUCAAUCCUCUACCCAUUGCCCUCAGAAAAGGAAUUUUCCACAUUGAAGGGUCCGGUAUUGAGAGGCCAAUUAUUUUUAAGCAUUCUGAGGUCGCUGUUGGUGAAACAAUUACCAACACAUUCAGCUUGACGCCGGAGUUUGCUGGCCGUGCUACGAUUGCUGCCAAGUUUACGUCGAAGGAGUUGGACGAUGUGGAUGGUUUCCUUGCCUUCGAAGCAAAACCUAGACCGGAAGAUGUGCUAAUGGAGACUACCGAUAAUGAAAUUAUCGCUCGAACAGAUAUUAUCGAAUGAUUGCAAAUAUGAAGCAAACGUGUUCAAGAAAUGCAUGUAUUGUUUGUAUUUAUUCAAAGCCAAAUAUCAAAUGGAUUUGUACAAGCAUUGGUCGUAUUUAUGAAUGUGUUAUUUUAAUAACUAAUUUAUGAAUGUAGUUUUUACUUAUAUAUUUUUAUAUAAAAUAUUUAUAUUAACAUGCAA